CGGGCUGGUACUGCCCACUGUCCUAGCUUGGGGUAACUGGGCACGCGUGGCUUGUGAGUGGACGAUCCUGGGCGCCAAGCAGUGCUUUGGAAUUUUCAGUAUCGAGGUCUUACAGUUUUUAUGAUAAAUAUACACGUUAUAGACAAUUUGUGAAAUGAGUGACUCUGAUGAUGACGAUAUCCCCCGGCUGUCUUCCCACACCUUAGCAGCCCUCCAGGAAUUUUAUGCUGAGCAGAAGCAACAAAGUGACGCAGGCAGGGAUGAUAAAUACAACAUUGGAAUAAUAGAAGAGAACUGGAUUAUGAAUAUUACAAAAAUAGCCUGUGUGAGUGCCCCCAGUGUUUACCAGAAACUGAGAGCCCUACACAGAGAAGACUUUUCUGUAUACAUCUUUGAAUAUGACAAAAGAUUUGCUAUAUACGGAGAGGAGUUUAUCUUCUAUGAUUACAAUAAUCCAUUGGAUUUACCUGAAAAAAUUGCCGCACAUAGUUUUGACAUCGUAAUAGCAGAUCCCCCCUACCUUUCCAAGGAGUGUCUCAGAAAAACAUCAGAAACCAUCAAGUAUCUGACUCAGGGCAAGAUUCUACUGUGCACAGGUGCUGUCAUGGAAGAAGAGGCAGCAAAACUUCUUGGCGUGAAGAUGUGCAAGUUUAUUCCAAAACACACCCGGACCCUGGGAAAUGAGUUUCGCUGUUAUGUGAAUUAUGAUUCUGGGCUAGACCAUGAAAUCUAAAUGCAGAUAGUAAUAUAAUAUGUAAAGGAUCCUGUGUGACAUUUCUCUCAUUAUUUCCUUGGUAGAUUGAAAAAUUAUAACCUCCACCCCUCCCCUGCAAAGUGGGGCUCUCCCUGGCCUAAUUUUCAAAAUAAAGAAUAUAACAUCUCA